AAAACUCCCUGAUUUCUAAAAGAUUAGGAAAAGAUGCCACGAGGAAAGUACGUAAACCAUAAGGGUAGUAGCCGCCACUUCACUUCACCGGAGCAACUAAAGCAGGACUGCGAAGAGGUAAAAUCCAGUGGCAGCGCUAGGAAGCACGGAGUAGAACCCUCUAACCCCGGGCAGAACCUUACUGACGGAGGGAAGGAACAUGUUUCCGAGUCUGAGUCGGAGGAUAAGACAGAUGACUCUGAUUCGGAAAUGCGGAAUGCUAAGAAGGGGGUGACCUCUCUUAUUCAGACGUAUAAUCCCAACCGGGUGAACAAGAAGGCUGCACAGAAACUAUCGAGCAUUAACGCAGAUGGUUUGGGAGAGGAAUCUAAGCCGGAACUGACACGUCGGGAACGCGAGCAGAUCGAGAAGCAGAAGGCACGUCAGCGGUACGAGAAGCUACAUGCUCAGGGCAAGACCCCCGAAGCCAAAUCCGAUUUGGCCAGGCUGGCACUGAUCCGCAAGCAGCGGGAGGAGGCUGCCGCCAAGCGGGAGGCUGAGAAGAAAGCCCAGCAAGAGGAAAAGAAACCGGAUUCCGGUCGAUUCAAAAUUAUUUAGUUUUGAAAGCCGAUUGUUUCCAAUUGCUUAUUAUAUGUUCAAAUAAAUCACAAUGUAAAGCUCAGCUGUUGAGAUGAGCCAAUGAAAAUUAUAGUCCUUUUUUCUUUUAUU